GAGAGAAAGAGAGAGAGAAACGGCUAGAGAGAGAUACGGCUAGAGAGAGAUACGACAACGAUGAUGAAGGAGGACACAAACGGGGGCAACUCCAGCAAGAACUGGGCGCGCGUGUGUGACACGUGCCGUUCCGCGGCGUGCGCGGUGUACUGCCGUGCCGACUCGGCGUACCUUUGCGCGGGGUGCGACGCGCGGGUGCACGCGGCGAACCGCGUGGCGUCGCGGCACGAGCGCGUGUUCGUCUGCGAGGCGUGCGAGCGUGCGCCGGCGGCGUUCAUCUGCAAGGCUGAUGCGGCGUCUCUCUGCGCCUCCUGCGACGCCGACAUCCACUCCGCCAACCCCCUCGCCCGCCGCCACCACCGCGUGCCCGUCCUCCCCAUCUCCGGCUGCGUUUACGGCCCCUCGGCCGCCGCCGCCGCCGCGGGAGAGGACGACGUCUUCGACGACGACAACGACGAGGACGAGACAGCGUCAUGGCUGCUGCUCAACCCCAUCAAGGCUGGAAUCAACAAUCAUCAGGGGAUUAAUACUAACAACAACAACAACAACAACAACAACGGAUCAUUUUUGUUUGGUGCGGAGGUUGAUGAGUAUUUGGAUCUUGUGGAGUACAAUUCAAGCACUACAACUGGUACUGAUCAGUUUGGGGAUCAUCAUGAGUUGAUGAAUAAUCAGCAGAUGAGUAGUUAUGGUGAUCCCCAGAAGACUUAUGGAGGUGGUGGAGACAGUGUUGUGCCAGUUCAGUGUGGGGAUGGGAAAGGGCAGAUCAUGAUGCCGCAUAUCAGCCAUGGAUUUCAGCUGGGUUUGGAGUUUGACUCACCAAAAAGCACUUACAGUAAUUACAAUGGUUCCAUUAGUCACAGUGUCUCCAUCUCAUCAAUGGAUGUCAGUGUAGUUCCGGACUCAACAAUGAGCGACAUCUCGAUUUCCCACCCGCGACCUCCUAAAGGGACGAUCGAUCUUUUCUCCGGACCAGCAGUUCAGAUGCCGGCACAGCUUACCCCGAUGGACAGGGAGGCUAGGGUUCUAAGGUACAGAGAGAAGAAGAAGACGAGGAAGUUUGAGAAGACAAUCAGGUACGCCUCAAGGAAGGCCUAUGCAGAGACCAGACCAAGGAUCAAGGGUCGGUUCGCGAAAAGAACCGACGUUGAAGUUGAAGUGGACCAAAUGUUCUCCACAACACUAAUGGUAGACACUGGAUAUGGCAUUGUCCCAUCUUUCUAAAACCAGUUUGGAGCAAAAGAAGAGAAGAGUGAUCUACUAGCUAUUUUUUCAGUAUAAUUGCUAAAGUCCUUACUAAUGAUACUGUCUUUUGCCGAUGUGUGUUUGGUAGAUGGAUCCAGAAUCAUGAUUUUGGAUCCUGGUUCAGAAUCAGUGUUUGUUU